AUGUCGUUAGCUGUGAGCAGACGAUGGAGAACGGAAGUCGCGCCAUACCUUCUACGAGCCGCUACAUUCGAUUUCACUGCUCAUCCAGGAGACCCACCGGAUCAGGUACCUGAGAAAGCAUACGAGGCAAUGCGGCACGUGGUGAUACUGGAGACCCAUUGUUUCAGCACGGAGUGGUUGUGCCAGGUCUUGGACAAGAUGCUUGAAGUGCAAACGAUAACGAUUCACAAGCUGAGAAGGGUUGGCACAGUUGAUGCAAGCGCCUUCGAUGGACGGGAUGUGUCUCGGAAAUUCGUCGAGAAGGUCCGGAUCGAUCCGAUCAAGACUCUUCUCGGCGGAUAUCGUUUCGAUCACCGAUAUGUCAAAAAUGUGCUGAAGAGCAAGUGGCCACAAAGGAGACUCUUGCUCGAGGGAAGUUUGUGGCCGGAGGAAGACGGUCCAGCUCAUUCCGUCGAUCUGGAUACGUGGAAAGUCCGCGUCGAGGGCCUGUGGCAGGGAGCGAAGUCAUAUGAGAUCGAGGCGGCCGAGCCUGCGCCCGUGGGCAGAGCUUACUUCGAGGAUGAGGAAGACAUGUUUUGGUAUCUAAUGAGUCAACACUGGGCGUCGCUUCAACAUGGUCACGACAUAUACUAG